AUGGUCCGACUAAAUGAAAUACGGUUUGCAACUCAAUUUGAACUCGAUCUUCUACUGGACAGUGAUAAACCCAAAUAUGCGAGAUCGGCCGUUGAUACUAGUGCUUCAUCCCAGCUCUGCUAUUGUAUGCGCAUCGCAAAGUUAUAUUCGCCCCUUCUUGAUAUAUUACUGAAUGAUAUAAUUGAAGAUCCAAUGGGCGAUAACAUACUAGCUGCCGCCCCAGCGGACGGCGAGCAGGCCAAAGGGAAGAAACAAAUUAUCUUGAACGCUUUCGUCAUGAAUACUCCAGGCCACUUAUCUCCUGGAUUUUGGCGACAUCCGAAAAACAAGACUGAUCAGUACACGAAACUUUCAUUCUGGACAGACCUUGCACAACUCCUGGAUAAAGCACAGUUUCAUGCCAUGUUCAUCGCAGAUACUCUAGGACCAUACGACGUAUACAAAGGACCUUCGAACGUCGUGCCAGCUUUGGCAUCUGGCGCUCAGUAUCCAGUUAACGACCCAUUAUACCUGGUUCCUGCAAUGGCAGCUGUAACCGAAAACCUCAUUUUUGGCGUUACGGCUAGCUUGACAUAUGAGAAGCCCUAUGCACUCGCUCGACGUCUAUCAACUGUAGACCAUUUGAGUGAGGGACGUGUUGCUUGGAACAUUGUCACAUCAUAUCUCGAUAGCGCAGCUCGCAAUCACGGACUCAAGGAGCAAAUUCCUCAUGACGAAAGAUAUGUCAUUGCUCAUGAGUACAUGGAAGUGCUUUAUAAACUAUGGGAAGGGAGUUUUAGGGAUGACGCAGUUCUUCGUGAUCGCGAAAGUGGUACAUAUAUCGCAAGUGAUGGCGUUGUUCAAAUACUGCACAAAGGCAAAUAUUUCGAGGUGCCUGGGCCCCAUUUCUGCGAGCCAUCUCCGCAGCGCACGCCAUUCCUUUUCCAAGCAGGCGUAUCUGAAGCAGGUAACGGUUUCGGAGGAAAGCAUGGAGAGGCCAUCUUUGUUGGUGGCCAGACGCCGGAGGGCGUAAGGAAGACUGUCAAUAACAUACGAGAUGUAGCACGAAAGGAAGGCCGGAAUCCAGACCAUAUCAAGAUCAUUGUUGGUAUAAACGUCAUCGUUGCUGCAACAGACGAAGAAGCUCAGGCCAAAAGGGAAAGUUAUCUCCAGUACGCCGACCAAGAAGGCGCUUUAGCUCUAUUUUAUGGAUGGACUAGGGUCGAUCUUUCUGGUUACUCCGACGACGAAGAUUUCCGCUUUACAGAGUCUCCAAGAUUGCAGUCAAUUGUCAGGAGAUGGUCAGACACUAUCCCAGGCACUGACAAUCUUCCAUGGACCAAGAGGAGAAUUGUAGAAUAUCUCAGCUUGGGUGGCCUUGGAGCAAAAGCGGUAGGAAGUCCAACAACUGUAGCAGAUGCGCUAGAGAGAUGGAUCGACGUAUCUGGAGUAGACGGAUUCAACUUGGCUCACGUCACAAACCCAGGUAGUUUCGAGGAUAUCAUCGAGUAUCUUCUUCCUGAGCUAAGAAAGCGAGGUGUAUUCAGAAAUCAUGUUGAGAAAGAGGGCGCAACGGCAAGAGAAGUAUUCAUCGGGUCUAAAAGGCUGCCAGAGGAUCACCCAGGCAGUCAGUACAGGUGGCGAGCCGGCGAGGCGCUGCCAAAAUAUCGCCAGACAGAAAAUGGGAAAGCAGUUAGCGAUUAG